CAAAAUAAAAUAAUCAACUGAAAAUCUUGAAAACAAUUUCAAAAAUCUCUCAUGUUAAGUAGGCGCAAUGUGGUAAUUUUCAUGACCAAGUUGCCUCAUACGCUUUCCUUCUCAACCCUUCUUCUAGACCUUAGACUUCAAGAAUUUUUCCUCUUGUUUCUUUGAUUUUUGUUCAACAAGCAAGAAAAACUGCAUUUUCCUUUCCUUGAUCAUUUCUUUCUUGUAAUAUUUUUUUUUCCCUAAUUUAGAAAAGUUUAUUUAAGUAAAUUUAGACCAUAAGCAAGUAAGAGAGAUGAUGGAUUAUCAUGAGCUUCCUGCUAUGUCAUCUUACCAAGACACCCUUAAGGUUCUUAAGGCAGAUAUCCAGCACGCUAAUGUGCUGGCAGCUUCUAUUCCAAGAGCCAAAUGUGGUUCCUGUCUUCAAAUGAAACUGGUUUAUAACCACUUGACACCCAUUUUUCUGUUUUUACUCCAAUGGAUGGAUUGCUCAUGUACAUGUCUACUUUCAACUUAUUUGAACCUUUUUGACGUUGUUGUAUACAAGGUAUGUUCAGACAGGAAGCAGAAGAUUUCUUCAUGCAGACGGAAAGCAACCAUCCGGCAAUUCUAUGCUGUUAUAUUACCAUCACUUCAGCGUCUUCAUGGUGAUACAAUGGAACCAGAUAUGAGUCGGGAAGAAGGUCACUGUUUGGAAAUGAUCGUGAAGAAUAGACUGGAAGAUAGGAGGAAGCUUUCAGAUGUGGAACUGCUGAGGGAAGAUGAAUGUGGGAUCUGCUUGGAACCUUGCACUAAAAUGGUUGUGCCAAGCUGCUGCCAUGCAAUGUGCAUCAACUGCUACCGUGACUGGAACACAAGGUCAGCAUCUUGCCCAUUUUGCCGAGGAAGUCUGAAGAGAGUGAAUUCAGAAGACUUGUGGGUUCUCACUUGCAGUAUUGAUGUUGUUGACAUUAACACCGUGUCAAAGGAAGAUAUAUUUAGGUUCUAUCUUUAUAUAAAGAACUUGCCGAAGGAUAUCCCGGAUGAUCUGUUCCUGAUGUAUUAUGAGUACCUAGUCUAAUAUGAUAGACAAGAAGAAUGACGUCAAAUUUAGAGAAAAAAUAUCAUGCCAUCACAUGGAAAUAAAUUAUGGUGAGGUUUCCGCAUUGAAAAUUAACAGAUUGAUUGUUCAGAAUAAUGAACACGCUCAAUGGAAGAAAGCCCAGUUAUUCUAUCGAAUCUGGAAUUUUUCCAGCACAAUUUUUUUCUUGUUGA